UUUACUUUGCAUGGUUAUUGGUUACUGGUUACAUUGAUUACCGCGCGCCUUACGGCUCACAGUAAUUGUUACAUCAGGUUACAUCACGUGCAGGUCACCAUUGUUAUUUAUUCAUUGUUUUGUUUUGGUAUACUGACCCUUUUGUUCUUAAAUGAGGGUUUUAGUGCGAUUCUUGUAAGGAUAACCAGGUAUAAGUCACUUGAAGAGUUGAUUUUUGAAAAACAGUCAUCUACUUGAUAGGAGAUAAUUUGAACUGCUUAACCAUGGACUUUAGUAAACUGCAGGCAUAUCAACAAACUCUAUUGAACCAAGUGUAUUUGCAGGAGACAGAGCAAAACGAGAAUCGCCUAAAGUCCUGGAUAGAACACAAAGAAAAACACUUACAGAUAAUUCAAGGAAUAGAAAAACUAGUGCAGGAAUUGUCUGUUAAUUGUAUGGUGCCAAUUGGAAAGAGAGCUUUAAUGAAAGGAAAGCUUAUGCACACCAAUGAAAUACUUGUUUGCAUUGGGGGUGGAUAUUUCGUCAAAUACAGUGCCCAACAAGCAAUAGCGUUAUGCAAUCGAAGAAUCAAAAGUUCUGAUGAAAUGAUCAGAAAGCUUGAAGAAGAAAGAAAUUUACUUCAAGUCCGAAGAAUGCUACCUCUGAACUGCGGUGCAUUUGAAUCUGAAGACUGUAAAGAUAUUGUUGAAUUUUGGGAUGAAAAAACCUUACAAGAUUGGAAACAUAAACAUAAAACGAGGGAAAAAAUAUAUCGAGAAAAAUUGAAAAACUCCAGCAGCAAAACUUUGGAAAACGAAAUUACCCAGGAUGAGCUAUCCAAGCGACUCGAUGAGUUGGAAUUGCAAGAAGAACUGGCUAACAAAUUAAAUAGGCUGGAGAAUAGUGAAAGUAUUUUUCAUCAACCAUCAGAAGGGAAUAUAAAAAAACCUAUAAAUGAAAAUUUAGAUAAAAAUGAGUGUGAAAACGAUGAUGAUGAUGAUGGUGGUGAUGAUGGUGAUGAUGACGACGACGACAAUGGCGAUGACAACAGUGAUGGCCAUGGUGAAAGUAAUAAUUGUACCUAUAGUAAUCAUCAAGUAAAUAAAAUAAGCGGAAAAUUUGAAGUUUCUAUCAUUAAAGAAGAAGAUAACGUGUGUAAAACAAUCGCAGAAAAAGAAAUACAUUACAAGAGUUAUGGGGAUAAAAAUGAAGAGGAUAAAAAAUUGAAAAAAUCAGAAAGAAGGGUUUCUUUCGCUGAUCCUCAGUUUGUAGAAAUAGAAUCAGUCGCUAACGGCGACGAACUCAAAUGUGUCAAAACUAAUGGAGACGACCUCAUCAAGAUUGAAUUUAGGCAUUCUCAGACCACCGCUUUAAAUUUAAAAAAUAAUUAUAAAAAUGACAUAAAUAAUCCAAGUGAUGUUUAUGACAUUUUUUCCAAGCCUAAAUCAAUACUCAAGAUUUCAUCGAAUGUAAAUUAUGUUAAUUAUGUUUAUGAAAAUACACCAUUGAUAGAAGAAGAUACUUUGCAAGGAGAAUGCAAAGAUGAAAAUAAUCAACUUGAAAAGUCUACUUAUAUCACUGUAGUUAAAGACGUUAAAGAAAAAAAUAUCGACAGUCCUAUGACGGAAUCUUUGGGAAAAACUAAAAAAAAUCGACCAAUUAGCAGAUUUAAACUAGAAAGAACACACGAAAAGACAAAAUAAUUUUGUUUUAUAAUUUUUAAUUUUGUAUGAUAAAUAUUAUGUAGAUAUUAUUCAUUACUCUAGAAGGCUCCACGAUGGACUUAAAUUCUGUUUGAAUGUAAAAUAAAAUUAUUUACUUGCUCUUUGUACCCCUCAUAAUGUCAAUACAUUGUAUACAAAUUGCUGUUUUAUAUUUACAUAACUUUAGAUUAUGAAAAAAUACAAGUAAAUUGUUGCGCAUAA